CAAUUACUAAUCAGUUGUUUCAUACCAACAAAACUAGAAACCAAUUAGAACAAAAUUCGUUUCAUAACAACAAAAAUAGAAACCAAUUAGAACAGAAAUCGUAUCAUAACAACAGUACUACAAUCCAAUUAGAACAGAAUUAGCAAAUAUUACAAUCAUGACAAACAACCUUCAGCCAGAUCUACAUACAGAGCGAAACCAUGACAUUUCCAUUACAGUAAUUUGGGGGAAAUGCAAUUCUAAAAGUAUGUUGGGGAUUGGGGGUCAAGUAGCGUCUAAACUCCGUCAAUUUUAAAGCUAACACCGUGACUUAACCCAAAUUUGGGCCCACUUUUAAUACAGAGUUUUUUUAUUGAAUAAAUGCCUAGGUGGCACUGAAAAGUGCAUGAGAUAAACAAAAACCAUUUCUCUCGGAGAUAAAUGGGGGCUCGCCCGUAAAAUAGUUAUUCCCCAAAUCUCAAACGAAGAAUCCCGUAGUUGCCGGAAAUAUUAUGCAAGUUUGUCAAUCAAUCGUAGCUAUAUAUACUACAAUUUUUGAAAGGUGAUUUUUGAUUGAACCACGAAGAACGUUCCUAUCUCCGGUGCAGUUAUCAUUUGACGCUGUGAUAAAAUCGAUGCCCGCUCAUUAUCGACCCGUGGCCCGUAAUGUCCCGACCCUAUAUUGCCCAUUUAAAAUGUGACCCUCUUUGACCCUGGCCCGCAACCGACCCGCACCGACACUGACCCGAUCCGCCCAAUAACCAGGUCUAGCAGAGUAGCAGUAACCAUUGUUAAGAAUAAGACAUGUCGGGACGAAUAUGUAAUAAAAGUUCAUUUGAACUACUAUAUGUAUGUAGGUUGUUUAUGAAAUUACAAAUCUAUUGAAUCUAUUGAUAAGAGCAAGUACCUGUGUUGUACUAACUUUGAAGUUAUAUAUGUAUGUACAUUGUUUAUGAUAUUACAAAUCUACUAAAAUUAAGAACUUAACUAUUUAGAAUUGAACUUUAUCUAGAUUGUAUGAAAAAUCAAAUCGAAAUUCGACUGAAUCGAGGAUUAACCUGAACAACAAAUUGCUAAUAAUCUGAACUAUUAUGAACUGAACUGAAAUGACGUAAUAAGACAGAACACAUGCACAUGACCCCCAUGAAAACUUUGAUUAAAAAAAUAAUUGCAGUAUAUGGAAGUGAAAUGGUUUAUCACGAGUACUAGCUUCUUUGAUUAAUGGAAUGAAAAAAAAAAACCUCGUGCGUUACAUUUUACUAGGGCAUUUUGCUGUGUGUUUGUUAUAUUCAAAACAUAAACCUUUGGAGUAUUUCUGUUACGAGACAAAUCUAACAAUAUCCCACAUCUGUAUAUAUUGGCACUUAUUAGGUCAAUGACAUUAUUGGUUAUAUUCGCACUUAUUGGGUUAAUGACAUUAUUGUUUACAAUGGUAUUUACGGAAGUGUCAUGCUAAUUGUGAUGUUAAAUUUAUUUAUAUACAGAAAUACCACUAGAUAAAAUAUGUUGAAAUGGUUGAAAUAAAUAACCUAAGUUGAAAUAAAUUAUCUAUGUUGCAAUGGUUGAAUGAUUGAAACUUCUUAUAAAAGGAGGUUUGGAAGGUUUAUAAGUUUGAUUAAAUUACAUGAUGUGAAGUGUACAUUGAUUUGGACAUUACAUUGAUUUGGUAGAUCUCCUAAUGUAUGCUAUAGUGUGAAUGAUGUUUACAAUGGUUGUGGUAGAUUAGAUGGUGGUGCUUGUAAUGCUAUGAUCGAAUACUAUUGCUACCAUAUAUUCAUAAGUUGUGUUGUAAUUAUCAAUAUAUUCAUAGAUGGAUAACAAUCAUAUUAUGUGGUCAAACAAAAUGGGUUUUAUUGAAUUUGAAACCCUGUAAUACAAAAUUGUUGUUGUAUUUACUAAUUGAAAAAGUUAUUAAUUAAUGCAUAAUCCAUACUGAUGAUAAUGUGUAAUUACUAAACAUGGAUUACCAUUUUUUGCAGUUGAGGAUUUGUCGUAAUGAAUGUGUGAAAUAUUUUGUAUUAUGUGCUCGAGAGUAAUUUGUAAUUUGUAGUGUGAUUAAACGAGUUUCAAAUCAAUUCAAGUAGUGACAGAUGCAAAGUACAUGUAAUGCCUCCACUCUACAUGUAAUGCCUAGAUAAUCCACUACAAGCUUAUGUGCUCACGUAUUUGCAAGUUAAAUUACUAAUUGAUCAACAUUAGGUAAUGAUAAACACAACCUUCUCAAAUAACGUAUUAGGGAUAUAUAUUCGACCUCGUCAUUAUAUUCAUCAAAUGGGAUACAUCUUAUCACCCAUCCACCUAAUAAAUGUGCAUGCAUGACUACCUCUAUAUAUAAGCGUUUCACCACAUGUUAGCUAGCCACAUACUUCCCCUUCACUUGUCUGUGGUAUUCUACACUUAAGCGACAUGCCUCGCCGUGCUAUAACCCCAUGCCACACUCCGUCAUUGUUGUUAUUUGAUCCUCCAACGGGAUUGGAUUCCGAAAUGGAUUUCACCCAAUUUGAGUACUUGUUUGUUGGUGACGAUGGUGAAGUGUUAGCAACUCUAUUUGAAGAUACUAAUUCUGCCCUUAUUUUACACCCAAACAACACAGACAACGACUUGUUCAACUCCUUGUUCAUGCGGGAGAUUGGAUCCGUAGACGUACCUCGACCUGCUCAUUUUCUAAACAUACACGACAACCACCCAAUUCGUCAUGAAUUCGAAGUAUUUUUGCUGUGGUGCCUAGGAUCUUUACCCCCUUCUACCUUCAAUCCCACAAAUAUGAAGCCUGCCAUGCACAUUCUCGAACCUAAACCCGUAAUUAACUUUGAUUGUCCCGUUUGGCCCUUAGACUUAGUUUCCAUGUGCUUGUGUAUUGGGGCAUUCACAGACACAUUCCAGGUUUGUAAUGUACCACCAACUCCUCAUAUCUUACACAUGAGGGUUAUUUACAAAAAAAAACAACCUGAAAAUGUCCCUGGAUAUCAUAUGGUUGAUUUCACUCCAUAUGAUGCUCCUGAUGCAGAGCACGUUAUAUCGGGUUACUUUGCCACCAUUCCGCUUCAUACAGUUGUUUGCACUUGGAAUGUAAGGGGAAUUGGAAGGCCAUCGCUUGUUACCAAUUUUGAGGCCAUGUAUAAGAAGCACAAGCCUAUGAUAGUGGUAUUGCUUGAAACUAGGCACGGAUACGAAACAGUUAGGAAGCUUGUUAAGUUACUUCCCGGGAAUUAUUCUUUUGGCUUAUCCACCCCCCAAGAUGGAUUAUGUGGGGGGGGGGGGGUUGUGUACAUGUGGACUGAUAAGUUUAUUGGAGUAGAACCAAAAGGUGUUUACGACUCUUCUGCUAGGGUUGAUGUGUACUUUAAGGUAACAAACUCACUUGGUGUAGGUCCAUUAGCACUAAUUAAUAUUUUUUAUGUUAAAACAGUAUUAAUAUGA